UGCUGUGACUUGCUUCAUCUAAAUAAGAAUGUCAAAGUGUAGAAGAUAAAAUGAUAAAAACAAACAAACAAACAAUUUUUGUGAAUCAAUUCUUUUGACUCACCUAAAAGAGUCGUUUGGUAAAGAGCCAGAGCUGCUGUGAGGUCAGUCUGUCAGGAGAGCUGAUGAGAAGAGUUAGGGUUCGAAAGUCUAUAAUCGUUUAUUGUGACAUUUUCUGGGACUGAAAGUGAUCAGAGAGAUAAAAUGGUGUUUGUAUAUCACUAAUGAUAGAAACUAACUUUAUUGAUCAAAUUUGCUGACAAAGAAAACAACACAGCAUCCACCUGACUGACCAAGACUCCGCGUGAGGAAAUAUUUUAUUCCACAGAGAAGUGAUCUACAUUCCAACAUUUAGACCUGAGGAGGAACUGAAUCAGGAAAAUCCACAGCUUUGAUUUUAAUGGAGCAUUAAAUCAGCUGGGACUGAAAAUGUCCUCCAUUUCUGGAAUGACUCAGCAGCUGUUGAUCAUCUACCUCUUAGACACUCUCAAAUACACAAAAACUGUUAAGGACUUUUAUGACAGAGAGUCAAAAUGGACCUCACAGAGAGAGACCGAGCUGGAGAUGAUGAGAGACAUCAAAGACCGGGCUGAGGACAAGAACAAAGCUCUUGGUGAAUUCAUGCGCAGUAACUUUAAUGAGGUUACAGCAGAUUCCAGAAGGAAGAAGCUGGAGAAGAAGCUGGAAGAAGUUCUGAAGAAUACUUUAGAAGGUCUGGAGAAACUCCAACACUUCCUGGAUGCAGUGGAGAAGCUUGCUGUCACGUCACUGUUCGUCUUCAUGGGCGAGAGCUUCAUGCCAAAGGGAGUGAGUUCCAUGUCCGUACGUUCGGUGAUCUCUGCAGCCAGAAUGGUGUGUCCACUCCUCGUCCACUUCAAGAGAGACGCAGGAGCUUUCUUCCAGCCGAACCUCAACAAUGUGGAAGUCCUGGCCUCCCAGCUGGAGAAAUACAUCCAGGUCACUCAGCAGAUCUGUGAGAAGAUGGAGAAAAAAUCCAAGUACAUCUCAGGCUCUGAAGGUGUUCCUGAAUGGAUAGAUGAGAAACUUUCACUGAAAUUAAAUUUCAUCAUGAAUGAGGAGCAGAAAUUGUAUGAUCAUUUACUCCAGCUAACCAAAAUCAGGAUGGACGAGUCGUUCAGGCUGACUUUCCUGUUCAAUAUGAAGGCACAGGACUUCAUCCUCAUAUUCAGUGAGCGUCACUCCAGAAUGCUUCAGUUCCUGUCUGAUUUAGAUGAAGCUGCAGAUCAGCUGGACAAGAUGAAGCGAGGCUCUGACAUCUCCUCUGUGGCUGGAAGUUCAGUCGGUAUCGCAGGAGGUGUUUUGUCCAUCAUAGGUUUAGCUCUUGCUCCUGAGACUGCAGGAGUAUCUUUGGCUCUCACAAUCAUAGGAGCUGGUCUUGGAGUCACCAGCGGCGUUAACACCAUCGUUACCAGUAUCACUGAAAUGGCAGUCAAUCGUCGCCAAACGAAAAAGGCCAAAAAGAACUUUGUCAGAUUUAGGGAUGAUGUUCAGAAGAUCCUAGAUUAUAUGGAUGAAGUGGCCAGAACUGAGGCUCCUUUAGCAGGUCCUGAUGGUGUUACCACACAAUCUGAAGCUGUGAAACUGCCUGCUGCAGCUGGAGCUGUAGGCAAAAGUAUUGAUGCUAUUGUGGAUGGAGCUUCAGCUGUAAAAGCUCUCAGAAGUGAGGUGGUGAUGGCGAAGGCAGCUAAUAUGGGGUUUAAGGAAGCUAAAGCAGGUCGGAGCAUCACAAAACUGGCUGCAGAUCUUCCUGACAUUAGACCAGUGGCUAAAGGAGCUCCUCUGGCCCUUUCAAAGACAGCCAGGGCAGGGUUCAUAACUGUAAAUGCCUUCUUUAUUGGUCUGGACAUGUUUAUUAUCUACAAAAGUGGUAUCAGUCUGUCCAAAGGAAGCAAAAACAAAGCAGCUCCACUAAUUCGCUCCAGAUCAGUUCUGUGGCGCUCAGAGGUGAAGGCCUGGGAGAAGAUUCAUGACCAUCUGCAUGAAGGAAUCUCAGAGUUUAACGAGAAUCGGCGAAUUCUAGAGCAGCCUUUAUACUUUUAAA